GUGAAAUUAAAACCUCCCUCAUCUGAUAUAAUGGUAUACUUAAACACACAACCUUUGAGGGCUAAGCACAACAUAACAAAAGCAGGCACAAUCCCCACUCUGCUUGCAAACCCAAUGUCGUCCACAGCUUUUAGAACCAUCUUCUUAACAAUGCCAUGGCGACCCUUCCCUCGAAACGGAUCCCUCUCUCCUUCAUUCUUCCCAGGUCGAAAUCCACACUCGUCCCGUGGCUGUAAACCCUUUAAGGCCCGAAAUGAUCUCCUGUUCUCUAUGACCCAUAAUCUCAACUACUCCGCUAACGAAGUCCGCUCUUCAUUACAGGAUGACUGCAAUCCGAAUCCCCCGCAGGAAGCUGUUCUCAAGGCAAUUUCAGAAGUGUCAAAGGUAGAAGGAAGGGUUGGACAAACCACAAAUUUAGUUAUGGGAGGGACUGUUCAUGAUGAUUCAACUAAUGAGUGGCUUAUCUUGGAUAAAAAGGUAAAUUUGUACCCAACAGAAAGAGUGUUUACAGCAAUUGGGACUGGAGGGGAUAAUUUUGUGCAGGCUAUGGUAGUUGCAGUAGAAUCAGUUAUUCAGGGAUCUAUCCUUGAGGGGCAGGUAAAGAAGAAGGAUUCCUCAGGAGGGAAGUAUGUAUCAGUGAAUAUUGGACCUAUUCUAGUUCUUAGUAGUGAACAGGUUCAAGCUGUAUAUAACGCGAUGAGAAGAGACAACCGGAUGAAAUACUUUCUGUAACUUAUUGCCAUUCGCUGUAACCUAUAGAGAGCUCUCUUGCUCAACACCUGCAGAGGAACAUGUUACACCAGUCUCCUUUUUUACCUAGGUUUUGUUCCUGUGUAGCUCUAGCAUUUGGUUUCGAAAAAAAUGUUUUAACCCACACCACAGUUUCAUCCAUCUGCCACUAGUCCACUACCCUGGGUAGUAACGUCUGAGAGCAACUGUAAUUCAGUAAGAGCAAGUAGGGAUGGAUUCAGGCCUGGUCGGGCCCGGGCCGGGCCUAGGCCCAGUCGGGCCGCCGGUUCGUAUCACAUGGGCCCGGGACUGGCCCGAGGGUUGGACAGGUCCGGUUCGGGCCGGGCCACGCGCCCGGGUCACGGCCGAUUAAUUUUUUUUAUUUUAUUUAUAUUUUAUACUUUAUAGUUUUAUACAAGUAUUAAAAAACAAACUCCAAGUGCAUUUAUUUGAAAUGAAAUAGGAACUACAUUUGAAAAUUAAAUAGGAA